GAUUACAGUUUUCUUUUACCUGGUUCUUCACAGCGUUCAGUAAUCUUCUGAUUCUGGCAGUGACAACAGUCUAGCUUUAAUACAUUUGGUCCGUGUUGGUCUGGGUUGGACAACAAUCUAUUUUUGAUUUAUAUCUUUUCAUAUUUGCUGAUAAAAACAGCGAGACAGUUAAGUUGUUGACCUAACCUAAAAAACCGGCAUCUAAACGGGCCGGCUGCCAGUACAUUAAGCUCGUUAGCUAGCAAGCUACACUGCCUUACAGUGAAACUGCCCUUUGUCUUUUUAGUAGGCAAGUUAGCUAGCAGGAGCGUUUUUGCCCUCUCUGGGACAACUGAGCAGAACGUAUCGGUUUAGUUUUAUUAUUUUUAUUUUCUUAUAAACAUCUUCAGCGAACCAAGAUAGGCAGCUUGGGAACCAAGAUGUCGAAUCGAGUGGUGUGCAGAGAAGCAAGUCACGCCGGGAGCUGGUACUCCGCUUCGGGAUCCCAGCUGAAUGCACAGUUAGAAGGCUGGCUGUCCCAAGCGCAGUCGACCAUCAGACCCGCCAGAGCCAUCAUAGCGCCUCAUGCUGGCUACACCUACUGUGGUGCUUGUGCAGCACAUGCCUACAAGCAGGUUGAUCCCUCUAUUACUCGUAGGGUGUUCAUCCUGGGACCUUCACACCAUGUGCCGCUCUCCCGCUGUGCCCUGUCACCUGCAGACAUCUAUAGAACUCCUCUGUAUGACCUGAGGAUCGACCAGAAGGUUUAUGCGGACCUCUGGAAAACUGGACUGUUUGAAAGAAUAAGUAUGCAGAUCGACGAAGAUGAGCACAGUAUUGAAAUGCAUUUGCCUUACACUGCUAAAGCCAUGGAGAGCCACAAAGACGAGUUCAGCAUCGUUCCUGUGCUCGUGGGCGCUCUCAGCGAGUCCAAAGAACAGGAGUACGGGAAGCUGCUCAGCAAGUACCUGGCAGACCCCACCAACCUCUUCAUCAUCUCAUCGGACUUCUGCCACUGGGGUCAGCGGUUCCGCUACACGUACUACGAUGAAUCUCAAGGGGAGAUCUACAGGUCCAUCGAGAACCUGGAUAAGAUGGGGAUGAGCAUUAUAGAGCAGUUGGAUCCCAUGUCUUUCACCAACUACCUAAAGAAGUACCGGAACACCAUCUGCGGGCGUCACCCCAUCGGAGUCCUGCUAAACGCCGUGGCGGAGCUCCGGAAGGCCGGUUUAGAAAUGAACUUCUCUUUCCUGAACUACGCCCAGUCCAGUCAGUGCAGGAACUGGCAGGACAGCUCCGUGAGUUACGCCGCCGGGGCGCUCAUCGUCCAUUGAGGUCAACUCCCAUGGGAGCCACCGCAGCCCCCCCCCCCCCCCCCAUCCCCCCGCCCUCAAUAUCUAUCGCCAUAACGCGGCCCACACCCCCCUCCUUUACCCCCAGGUACCCCCUCUAUUUGCGGGAAAGACCCAGAUACUGAAAGCCAAUAAAAACCAUUUCCUCCAUCAGUUUUCUCCCAAAGCGUCCGGUUGAAGUUCAGUUUUAAGGGAGGACGGGCCGGUUUUCCUUCGGCUCGACGCUUUAAACGAGACGCCGCAGAGGUUUCCAUCUUCUGAUCAUUCUGACAGCAUCGAGGUUCGGUCAUCACGCCGCAACGUUUUCCUGUUUCCUUGUGUGUUGAAAUAAACAGCAGAUCUGAAUAGACAAUGGUCAAAUGUCGGCAGAUGAAAACGAGUCCGACGCUUGAAGUGAACAUUUAACGUGAGCUUUGAAAACAGCCACGGGUUUUGCUGUGAUCAGAUGUAAACUUAAGGGCUGCACCCAACAUAGUUAGCCGAUUCCCUUCUGUACAAAACCAAAAACAUGAUGUUAGAGACCAGGCUUAAGACAUAUAUGCUAAUUUUAUUCUUUUUUGUUAUUUUUCAUAUUCGUAUCUUUAUUAGUAGUACUUUCAUUUACUCAACUAUUGUGUAGAUAUGAAAAACACCUCCAGCUCAGAAGCUUUGAACAUGGUUUUCCCAGUAGAUCCAAAUCAAUCUUUUUCUAUUCUUCUGUUCUAGACAAUGUCUUCUGUUAGAAACUCACUCCCCUAAAAGAGGCAGAUCUUCAGUUUAGGCCUGAAUGAAGUCAAAAAGCAGAAGAAACGUUACAAUCGGAGCUUCUGCGUCGAUAAAACCUGCAUCCGUGCUCUGGUUCGGAGCUCCUUCUGCUCCCGUGGAUAUAAAGAUCCCUAAAAGAAAAGGUGGAAAUGUUCUAUUCUGGCUUUUGUUUCCAGUUUGAGGAAUGACUGCAGGAGGGGGCUCUCUGACAGAAACAGCCAUGAGUAUGAAGGGAAGCACAAAGCCUACAGUUUGCUGUUGAUGGUCGUUUUGACAGAUUGAUCGAACCAUGUGACCAGUGGGAGUCGGGUUAGACAAAAAUGGACCUAAAUUUAGGGGAACCAACAAUAGCUACGUUUCCAUUGUACAUAGAUGCAAAACUUGAUUUAAAAAAAACUUAUUUUCACAAUUUCACUGCUUCCAUUAAACAAACCAACUCAUGUAAUGAGAAACACGGCGACAGACGUGAACAAUACUUUGAAUUCCACCGCAUACGUUCACAUUUCCGCCAUGGCACUAGCGCUCAUCGUCACCUGUCAAAGGAGACGUUGGCGUCUUCUUCAGGCCGUGAGCGGCGAGCUCCUUACAGGUGGGAGGGGCUACGGAUGAAGCCGUUUUGGGAAAUGGUAGUUGGUGAUUUUCCAGAGGAUCUGUAAAUUCCACAUGAGUCGCUCAACUGUUGAUGAGCUGAGUGACGUCUGGGACCUCUGGUGGCGCCCGCCGUUCAGCGCCCAAGGCCGCCAGGGUUAUCUGGUUGUUGGUCAUGUGACUCAUUUAAUUUAAAAAAAAAGGCGUUUCCAUGGCAGUUUUGUGAAAUAUGUACAUGCGCCUAAAAAAAACACAAGUGCAACAACUAUUAUUUGAUAAUUCAAUUCAAUUUUGUUUUAUUUGUAUAGCCCAGAUUCACAACAACAGUCGUCUCGAUGGGCUUUGUAUCGCGAGUUUCCCCCCCAAAAUUGACCUGUUGUCAUUUAGCGAAUUUAUUAUUGCAAAUCCAGUAGUCACAAUUUUAUUGUCAAUGGAAGCGCAGCUAAUGGUUCUGGUUGCAUUCGAUCCUUUCUCUUGAUAUUUGGUAAAAGGCAACAAAAACGGGAUUUAUGCACGGCGGUCCAUUGAAAGACUUCCAUGAGUCCCGAUCCAUGCCCCCAAAGCUGCAUCUUCAGCGAAGCGGGUUUCUACCAUCGCCGUUGCAUCCUUCCUCUCAGCAAAUGGGCACAGACUAAAAGUCCAAAGGCGCCUGAAGCUCCAGGCUCAUUUUAAGGAAACUAGCAAAGCAUGACACACUGUGCUACUGUGCCUUUUAUCACUAUUGCACAUCGACUCACAAACCAGUCUUAUUUUAGAAUGUGUUCUCCACCCCCGGUUGUUUGUCUCUACCCCUCCCGUUAGCAGACAGUCCAGCUCCGUCUGCUCCGCGCAGCCGGGCUGUGUGCUCCGUCUGCUCUGCGCAGCCAGGCUGCGUGCUCCGUCUGCUGGUCUAAAAUGGAACCAGCUCUUCUCUCCUCCCUCCAGCAGGGAGUGCUGUUCUGCUCCACCUCGUUCACGUGGAGAGGCGAAGGCUCAACCUCCAAAAUGUCUGUUGUUUUCUGUUGAUUUCCUUCUCGUUGUAUGAAUUGGACCGUUGCACAUCAUAAAUCUGAACAUACAGUGCUUAACUCCUCCCUCAAAGGAGUUUUGAUCUCAGGUUCCACUGACAAAGCAUCCCCAAAGGCUCUUCAGAAAAGGCCGAGGAUUCAUGUUACAAAUGAAGUAAAAUGUACUGAAAAGCA